CGUGCUUUUUGCAUUGGAAGAACGGCGAUGUGGUGGUGGGCGACAGGAAGUGCCGACAAAAAAGGCCGAGCGUGUUUACCCUCGGCUUUUAUGUUUGGUACCUCACUUCCUGUUGGUGCGUUUGUUUUUUGACGUCAGGACGUUUGGCGCCUUUUCCCUUUUUGUGCUGCUAGUUUCCUUCCUUUCCCAGGUGGGAGAUGUGAUGCUCGCCUUUCUCCGUCCAGCAUGGGAGAGGUGUCGCUGGACUCCAAUCCUGCUUUUCAUUAGAUGCAUGAAAUAAAAACCUGUUGCCUAGGCUUGUAGUCCAUUCUGCAAGCCAUGUUCUCGGAGCAGGCUGUGCCCUCUGCCCAUAGUCUCUUGACCUCCCCAUCUUCUAUUGCAUCUACCUUCGCCCGUGUGCCCAUCUCUACGUAUACCAACUGCUCACAGAACUUCAGGCUUGGGGAGAGGACCUUCAACCGGCAGUAUGCCCAUAUUUAUGCCACACGUCUUAUUCAGAUGAGACCCUUACUGAUGGACAGAGCCCGGCGGAAGUGGGGGAGCAACAUUACAGUGAAGAAGCUGUGUGAGCUGCAGAUAGGUGAGAAAUGCUGUGUGGUGGGAACUCUCUUCAAGUCGAUGCAGCUUCAGCCAUCUAUUCUGCGAGAAAUCAGCGAAGAGCACAAUCUGCCACCACAACCUUCCCGCACCAAAUAUGUCCACCAGUCAGAUGAGCUGAUCUUGGAGGAUGAGCUGCAGCGAAUCAAACUGGAAGGAGCCAUACCAGUUGACAAGCUGGUAACAGGGACCAUCCUUGCCGUCUAUGGCUCAGAAAAGGAAGACGGGAAGUUCCUUGUCGAAGACUUCUGCUUCGCAGACAUGCCCACCCAGCUACCCAUGAUGGGGCCCAGUACGGAUAGGUUUGUCUUGCUAGUGUCAGGCCUCGGCCUUGGAGGCAAGAGCGGAGAGAGUCUCCUGGGCAUGCAGCUCCUGGUCGACAUGGUCACGGGGCAGCUGGGCGCUGAAGGAGAGCAAAGCAGUGCAGCCCUCAUCUCUCGAGUCAUCUUGGCGGGUAACCUGCUCAGUCAGAAUACCCAAAACAAGGAGACCGUGAACAAGGCCAAGUACCUGACCAAGAAGACUCAGGCUGCUAGCGUGGAGGCUGUGAAAAUGCUGGAUGAGAUCCUACUGCAGCUGAGUAUGUCUGUCCCUGUAGAUGUGAUGCCUGGCGAGUUUGACCCCACCAACUACACACUGCCGCAGCAGCCGUUGCAUCGCUGCAUGUUUCCUCUGUCGAGUACUUAUUCCACACUGCAGCUGGUGACCAAUCCCUACCAGGCGAAUAUUGAUGGUGUCAGGUUUUUGGGGUCUUCUGGCCAGAACAUCAGUGACAUCUUCAAAUACAGCUGCAUGUCUGAUUACCUGGAAAUCCUGGAGUGGACCCUACGGAUUGGGCAUAUCAGUCCCACAGCCCCAGAUACACUUGGGUGUUAUCCAUUUUACAAGACUGACCCGUUCAUCUUCACUGAUUGCCCUCAUGUCUAUUUCUGUGGGAAUGCACCUUUCUUCAAAUCCAAGGUGGCUAAAGGGGAAGAUGGUCAGAAAGUCCUGCUGGUGACUCUUCCUGACUUCAGCACAUCCCAGACUGCUUGCUUGAUCAACCUGCGUGACCUCACGUGCCAGCCAGUCACUUUCUCUGCUUUUGGUGCUAAUGAGGAGGAAGAGGAGGGAGCGAUGGAGACUGGGCCCUAAAAGGGACUCUUUGGCAGUUUGCCUUUACCUCGGAGGAUGGGAUGCCUAGAGCUUGGGUCUUCUGUAUAUAUGAAACUUUGGUUUGUACAAGGAAACACAAUAAAGAACACUGUCUUCUA